AUGAAGCGGUUUGAUGCACCGGGAGAGUCCUCGAGCUCAUCGUCAUCGAGCUCAUCAUCAUCAAGCCCAGUUUGGAAGAAGCAUCGAAGAUCAGAGUCCUUGGGGUCAGAGUCUGGGGGUUCAGACUCUGAAUCGGAUGGGUCUGGCCCACUCCAUGUGAAGGGAAGAAGCGAGCUCCUUUUGACACAUCUUUCUAUGUUUCCAGGUGAGGAGGCCCAAUGUGAGUCCAUGGCCGCCCAGAAUGGGAAAUCCAAAGAACGGAUCAGAAAAGUUCUGAACAAUGGACUAUGCAAAUGCAAAAGGUCAUGCUACAAGUCGGUGACCUUGCUUAAGGUUCAUGAGCUUGGACAAGUUGUGGCAACAGAACCUGGGCGGCAGAAAUUGCUGGAUCUUUUGGUGAACUCUUCAUUGGAAGCUGACAUGACAAAAGCUGUGCUUCCACUGGGGCCGAAGGAUCUGAUUAGGCGCUACCUUCCGCCUGGGAACUGGUCUGAUAUCUACCAUUUGUACAUCAGUUUCCAGAAUGCUCAAAGUCUUCAAUGUGCGUCGCCCACCACGUUCUUCAGAGUUGUGAGGAAGAGUGGCUGGAAUAAGGUGCUCAGGUUUCGGAACGUGUCAACGCACACUGCUUGUCCCACUUGCCAGCGCCUGAAAUCUCAACUUCGGCAUUCAAAGGAUGUUGCGAGUCAUGCCCGUGCUGCUGACAGGCUCAUGAGACAUUUGCAAGGCCAGUUCAUGGACCGACAGAUUUAUUGGGGGCUGAGGGCCCGCGCCAAAAGGGAUCAAAAUAUUAUUGGGGAAAACAGUGGAUCGUCUUGGAGUUUGGAAGUGUUGAGCAGGGCAUUGGACAAAGCCUACCUCCAAGCUCAGAAGCGAUCCGCUCACUACUUGGAGGAAGCUCGCCAAGAGGACCUCAUUGGCCUGGCCGAAACUUUGGCAUCUGAGUACCCUCAAUACGGGAGAGCUUGCAGGUACCUUCAAACUUUGGGGGGUCAAGUGGCCAGGGUAGUGGAGCCAUUACCGGAGAUCCAAUUCAUUUUGGCAGGGGGAACGCCUCCUGUGCAGAGAGGCUCGCCUAUUUUGGAGCACCCAGAGCCAUAUGCGGUGCACCGGAUGAAUGCAGAAGCUGGUGAUCACGCGUCUCCAAACUCUGCAGAGUCCAAAGGUGAAACCUUGAAGCACAGGGUUCUCGCUGCUUUUGAUGAGGUCACAAACCAGCAGAACUUGGGGAAGUUCCUCUGGGAGACCCAUGGCUGCGAUGAGGGCAAGCAGCUUCAAUUUGCAAAGGCUAUGGCGGACAUCUUUGCAAUCCCUGAGGUAGCUGCUAAGUUGCCCCAGAGUUGUGGGCCAGUCCUCAAAACCGUGCCUGCGUCGGCAAGGUCGAAUGCAUACUUGCAUCCUUGGCACCUGAGUCUUUGUGAGAAUGCCAAAGCUGGCAGGUUUCCUACAAUGCACCAGACCCGACUCCACAUGCCCAGCAUUGUGUGGAAACACUACCAGGCACAUCGUGAGGCCUUGGAGAUCAAAUGUGAUGCCCCGGCAGGUCUGGCCCACAGCACCAGUGAGAAGCAGAAGCCGGGUCCUCUUGACUUAGCGUUGCUUUUCCGGGAAGUGUUGGAAGUGAAGAAACACAGUGGAACCGGAUCGAGUACUAGGGAGGUCCUUUUCGCCUCUAUCGCUGAAUACAACAAGUGCUGCACUUCCAAGACCGUCACUGCCGAAAAAGUGCACCUGUGGGCAGAGCGCGCAUGGAAGGAUCACAUUCGGAAGGCACCCCGGGAUUCAGCGGUGAAGCAGAAGGCAAGGAAGUUUCAAGCAGCCCUUACCGAGAUGCAGGAUUUGCUUGAAACCUGCUGCCUGUGGACCCACAUUGAGGGCGACCUGAUCAGCUACAUUGGCAAAGGCUCAGAGUAUGACAGAGUCGCUGGCAUGUGGGAACAGGGGCGCCUAAGCUGA